ACCCAAAGAUCCCAUCCCUCUAGGCUUUCAAAACGCAACAACUGAAAAAAGUUCAGCGCUUUGGAACCAAGCCCAUGGCUUCUCUAGCGACCUUUGCUGCGUUGCAACCACCCACCAUCAAGGCCCUUGGUGGCAGCUCCCUAACCGGAACAAAGCUCUCUUUCAAGCCCACUCUCCAGAGCCUUAGAGCCAGACGCUUAAGGGCUGGUGCUGUGGUGGCGAAGUAUGGUGACAAGAGUGUCUACUUUGAUUUGGAGGACUUGGGGAACACCACUGGGCAGUGGGACUUGUACGGGUCAGAUGCGCCUUCACCAUACAACUCACUACAGAGCAAAUUCUUUGAGACAUUUGCAGCUCCAUUCACCAAGAGGGGGUUAUUGCUCAAAUUCUUGAUAUUGGGAGGUGGUUCCACCCUCGCUUACUUCAGUGCCACUGCUUCAGGUGACAUCCUGCCAAUCGUGAAGGGCCCCCAACUUCCACGAAAGCCUGGCCCACGUGGCAAGCUCUAAUUUGUUCACAGAUCCUCUUCUUUCAAGCUUUUCGUUGUAUGUAACUUAUUUUUUAGAUCCUGUAAGUAUGUCUAAAGCCUAACUAAGAUCCUUUAUUCACUAUUUAUUUGGAGUACAAAUCAGUGCAUUGCUCUUA